UAGGCACCAGUCCAUCAGUGCAAGAAACAACCCCUCCUUCAGAGACCACUCUGCCCCACACAAUAGGCACCACAACAGAAGAAAGUACCACAGGAAAAUCCUCGACCACUGCAACUCCAACUACAGUAGAGCCCUGUCAGACAGGCCGUGCCACCUGCAGUGCCUCCGGGGACCCGCAUUACUACACGUUUGACGGCAGAGUUCACCAUUUCAUGGGAAACUGCACUUACACCCUCUCCAAAGUCUGCAACGACUCCAGGGGGCUUCCACCCUUUGACGUGUCCACCACCAAUGAGCACAGGGGCUCCAAUACCAAAGUUUCCUAUGUGAAGGCAGUGCACGUGGAUGUCUAUGGAAGUCAGAUUUCCUUGCUGAAGAACAGGAAAGUGAAUGUGAAUGGCACCAGAAGGAACCUGCCUGUGGUGAUUGAAAACAAGAUCAAGGCCCAGAUCAGCGGCGCCUACGUGCUCUUGGAAACUGAUUUUGGACUCUGGGUCAGAUUUGAUGGAAAUCACUACGUGGAAGUCUCAGUGUCCAGUUGUUACAAGGGGCAGCUCUGUGGUCUGUGUGGUAAUUACAAUGGUGAUGCAAAGGAUGAUAACAUAAAGCCGAAUGGCAGCAGUGCAGGAGAUUCCACUGAGCUUGGAGAGAGCUGGCUAGUGGCAGAGAAUAACACCAUAUGCUCCCCUGAUGAAGUACUAGUCUGUGACCCCCUGCUGGAGAGUGAAGCGAGGAAGAACACAGCCUGUGGCAUGAUCACCGACCCCACAGGUAUCUUCAAGGACUGCCACGCCAUAGUAGCUCCAGAGAAAUUCUUGGAAAACUGUGUUUACGACAUGUGUCACGCUAACGAGACGACAGUGUCCUUAUGCAAUGGGCUACAGGCUUAUGCAGAGUCGUGCACAAAUGCUGGGAUCUGCAGAGAAUGGAGACAUAAUACUUUGUGCCCGAUCUCCUGUCCAGGAGGAAGCCAGUACAAGAGCUGUGGGAGCAGGUGUCCUGCCACCUGCGUGAUUCCCUCUACAUUUAGCCCUUGCAGCUCCUUACCAGUGGAAGGCUGUUUCUGUAAGGAAGGCUACGUUCUGAGUGGAGACACCUGUGUGCCAGAGAGCAGCUGCGGUUGUGUGGAUGGAAACAACCACUAUCAUCAGCUGGGUGAAAGCUGGUUCACCCACGACGCGUGCAUCGAGCGCUGCACCUGCAACAGCACAAACAACAUCACGUGCAGAGGCUGGGAGUGUGGAGCGCAGGAGAUAUGCAGUGUUCAGGAAGGGGUGCUGGGUUGUUACUCCCCUGGGAGAGCAUCCUGUCAGGUGGCAGGAGAUCCCCACUACUUCACCUUUGACAAGGUGAUGCACACCUUCCUGGGCACCUGCACCUACACCCUGCUCCAAGUCUGCAACAGCAACAGUGUCAUUCCAGUGACCAUCAGUGGCAAAAACGAAGAUCGAGGACAGAGAGGGGCCACGUAUCUCAAAGAGGUUUACAUUGACAUCUAUGGCAACCGAAUCACCCUUCAGAAGAAUAAGGCAAUCCUGCUCAAUAACGAGAGAGUCCGAACUCCGGUAAAGAACCGAUUACGAGGCGUGUCCAUAGGAAAUGUGGGCAUUUACAUGGUAGUGGAAACUGACUUUGGACUGCUAGUGAAAUAUGAUGGAAAUCAGCACUUGGAAAUCAGCCUCCCAGAAUCUUACUUCUCCAAGGUCUGUGGCCUGUGCGGUAACUAUAACGGCCAGCGUGGGGAUGAGCUGCUCAUGCCCAAUGGCGUGCAGGCUAAGAACAUCACACAGUUUGGAAACAGCUGGAAAGUACCAGCCGACAGUGACGCGGGCUGCUUGCCAGACACACGAGAUGAGCUGGGCCCACCUUGCACCGCAGAGGAGAAGUCAGGCAUUGAAAACCAGUGCAAUGUUUUAAAGUCGGACACCUUCAAACCAUGUCACCAUCUGAUCGAGCCUGACCUCUUCAUCCAGACCUGCAUCUAUGACAUGUGUAAAUACAAUGGCAUGCUGUCCACUCUCUGUGCCAUCACACAGGCCUACGUGGACACCUGCAAGAAGCAAGGAGUCAUCAUUAAAUGGAGGACCAACACAUUCUGCCCAUUGCCUUGUCCAUCCAACAGCUAUUACACUGACUGUGCAUCUUCCUGCCCAGCCACAUGUAAUAAUAUUUAUGCGUCCUCCCUCUGUGAAAAGCCAACAGAAUGCACGGAAGGUUGCGUUUGCAGUGAGGGUUACGUGCUCAGCGAUGACCAGUGUGUACCACUGAGCGAGUGUGGCUGCAGAGACGAUGAAGAUAACUACUACAGUGCUGGGGAGAGCUGGAUAAAACCCCACUGCACCCACAAAUGCACGUGUCAGAAGGACAAUACCAUCAAGUGCCAGGCCUAUGGCUGUGAUGCUUGGGAGGUCUGUUUCCUCAACAAUAAGGGGAAAUACAAAUGUAAACCGACAGGCUUUGGGAAGUGCCUCGUCAUUGGAGAUCCACACUACCUGACGUUUGAUGGCUUGAUGCAUCACUUCCAAGGCAAAGAUACGUACAUGCUGUCUCAGACUGUCUCCAGCAUCCCCGACCGCCUGCCAUCCUUCAGCAUUGAAGGAAAGAACAAGCUUUUCCCUAGAGUGUCCCACAUUUCUUUCCUCCAGGAGAUCCGUGUCAGUGUUUACAAUCACACAGUGUGGUUCAGGCAGAAGAAGCAGCUUGUGGUGGAUGGAGUGAAAACCAUCCCCCCUGCCCAGCCUCAUGAAGGUCUUCGCAUAUACCAGAGACCAACAAGAAUUUACAUGGAGACAGAUUUUGGCUUAUCGCUCAGCUAUGAUGGUGCUGAAAACUUAGAUAUAACCCUGGCCAACACCUACAAGAGCAAAGUCGAAGGCUUGUGUGGCAACUUUGAUGGGAAGUAUAAGAACGACUUUACCAAGCCGGAUGGCACUCGCGUGCGGGACGUGGAUGUGUUUGGGGAGAGCUGGAAAGUCCCCGUCAGAAGAACAGUCUCCCGGCGCAGGCGAGAAGUCAUUUCAGACGAGGAGCUUGACAAUGUCGAGUUAAACACAGGGCUCGCCAGUGGCUGCAAUCCCAGUGAGCUGAGCCUUGUGAACUCCACUUCUAAGUGUGGGAUUCUUACCGAUCCAAAAGGUCCCUUUGGAAAGUGUCAGUCCAAUGUCUCCGUCGAGUUCUUCCAGAUGGGCUGUGUCUUUGACCUGUGUAUGGAAGCUGACAACAACGCUGUGCUGUGUCGGCACCUGGGGCAGUACGCGCUGGCCUGUCAGGAGAACGGGAUCGCACUGGAAAACUGGAGAGCACAGACGCCUUGUGAGAUGCAGUGUCCCACAAACAGCAAGUACAGCAGCUGCAUGACUGCAUGCCCCGAUUCCUGCAGCAACCUGGCAGCCUCCUCCGAGUGCGAGUCACCCUGUGUCGAAGGCUGCGAAUGCCUCCCUGGAUACGUUCUCAGUGGCUAUGACUGCGUGCCCUACAAGGAGUGUGGCUGCAGCUUCCUCAACACAUAUUAUAAGGCUGGAGAAACGUUUGUGACUGAUGACUGCUCUCAGACUUGUGAGUGCACAACAAGUUCCAGCGUUGCGUGCACCAGGGCAAUGUGUACACGCAGCGAGAUCUGCGCCAUCGCUAACUUCACUCGCGGAUGCUACAUACCUGGCCCGUGUCUGCAGAAUCUUUGCGAGAAUGAUGGGACUUGUAUUGAGGACAGCAACAGCUCUUCCAACUUCAGCUGUGUGUGCCCUGAAGGAUACGAGGGGCCUCUCUGUGAGGCUGAAACACAGGACAAGUCAAUGGAAUCUGACGACUCUCUGGUCUACAUCAUUGUGGGAGUUUUAGCAGGACUCAUCGUCCUCGCUGUGAUCGUCUCCCUGCUUGUGUGCAGAUCCAAGUUAAGAAUGAACAGGAAAAAGUCACUGGAAUUCCCCAGAAGGAGGAAUUCGUCUUUGACCCAGUCUAGGGAUGCGCUGGGCCAGAACCCAUACGUGCCAGACUCCAGCUUCGUGAUCAAUGCUGCAUUUGAUCGGGAUGAAGAUCAGUAACAUUUUAAUUAGUGGCAUUUUUUAAUUCCAUCUGAUUUUUUUUUUGCUGUUCUAGUCUAAUAAGUGUUUCUAACCCUUUCCUAAGCAAUAAUAAUUUAUAAUAAAUCACUGUACUUCCUGAA